AUGGCUUUACUUGACUGGACUCUUAAUAUGGAUCAUAGCUGUGCCACUAACGUCAUUUAUCUAGAUUUUGCCCGCGCCUUCGAUGAAGUUUCAAUAAAACGACUUCUUUUGAAAUUUGAAUGUUUUGGUGUUAGAUGGAAAUUGUCGCAAUGGAUUGAUGCUUAUCUCUCCAACAGAUAUUUUUGUGUUGGAGGCUCCGUUUUGGGUCCACUGUUGUUUCUCCUAUACGUCGGUGAUUUACCUUCUCACUUGUCUACAACAAUCGCGACAUUUGCCGAUGAUACCAAAUUAUAUGCUAAUCCUUUAACCGACUAUAACCAACUUGGGACUUGGAGUCUAUUUUUGCUUGAUAAAAACAAUCCGAAGCUCAUUUAUAAAAUCGCAGGAUCUAAAUUGUCCCCCGUUAGCCAUCAGAGGGACUUUGGUGUCACCAUUUCAGUGGAUCUCAAAUGGGAAAAGCACAUCACUUCAGUAGUUAAAACAGCCAAUAAUUUAAUCCACCUCAUUAAACACUACUUCUGGAACCCAAAUCCCUGCACAGUUAGCAAGCUACAUCCUACUUAUACUCAACACUACCUAGACAACACUUUUGGUUUAACCGAGUUUUUAAUAUGUGGAAUGAUUUACCAGAGGAGGCAGUAA